AUGGUGCAUGCUGAACCAGGGGAAGGAAAUCCUGAGUUGAACUUCCUUCGGAGAGAGCGUGACCUUUCCACCGGGUCCGACGCUCAGGACCGCUCUUUCUGCCUGAAGGCAAGAGCAACUCCACCCUACCAGCAGGCCACGAGCUCCCCCCAUGUGAAUGGGAUUAACAUCCCUCAUAAAAGAGGCUUCAGAGGGCGUUUGGCUUUCUUGCUCUUUCAGCUUUCGCCGUGGGAAGGUGCAGCCUUCUCCCUGCGAGAGGAUGCAGACCCGGGACGCCAUUUCAGAAGCAGAGAGACCAGGCCCUCACUAGCUGGCACCUUGGUUUGGAUUUCUGAGCUUCCAGAACUUUUGGCGCUUAGAGAUGAAGAUGGAAGUUCCAGGAGAUCUAGCCACAUCUUGGAGGUGAAAUACUUUCUGGAGCAGGUGGGCAAAGCCUUUAUUUUGCAUACUUCCCAAGUCAGAAGCCUCAAAUCACCUUCCGCCCGUGACCCUCCAGCCCAUCUUCACACUCGCCUCCCCGACCCCACCCCAUCACCGCUCCGCUACUCCCAAUGCUGUCCUGGUGGCACCCAGGAGCCGUCUUUGCGGGCGGGGUUCCCCUUCUUCGCGGACAGGCUGCGUGUGAGCCUCGGCUCCUCCAUCCAGGAGCCAGGCCUCUUUCUUCAUCUUGCUGAGGAGUUCCAGGCUGCUGUCGCCCCAGUUCCCAGGGGCUUUGCACUCCCACGGGCUCCUGCUCACCUCUCCCACCACUGGGCGCUGACAGCACUCCAGGAGCAAGGAGGGGCAGCAGGAGCCGGGCCUCGCACUGCCGGGGAAGGGCAGCCCUCUGGGGUCUGGGCCACGGUCCCCGAGGAGCAGAGGAGCCGCAGGAGCCGCCACAGCAGACCCCCGGACGCAGAGGACCCCUCGCUGCUGCGGAGGAGCGCGCUCAGCCGGUGCCAACUUUCCCGACCCGGGAGACAAAGCGGUGGAGGGCAGUCCGGGACCCGAGUUGGAGGCGCGGGGCUCUGCUCCGUGGCUGUGGGGGCCGGAGCUCAGGACCCCAACACCAGCCAAGACUGGCCGCGGCAGGGCUGGCGGAGGCGGCGCCACCCGGGGUGGCCGCAGGUGCUGAGCGAGGCGCCGCCACGUGGGUGGGAAGAGGAGCCUCAGGGACCGGCUGCCGCCAGCAGAGCCCCACAUGGGGGCCGGGAGCUGUGUGUGGGGGGGUGCCCAGCUCCGCUCUCCCCACCGCCCUGCACCGCUAUGGGCUGAGGUCAGCCUGCCAGCACCAAGGACCCUCCCUUUGCUCUUUACUGCGUUUCACUGAAGACUCCAGCCAGUGUCCUGGAGAGGAGAGGGAUUCCUGCUAUUCCUGCUCUGUCCCUCUCAGUCUCUACAUUGGCACCUUGAUGUAACCCACAGCACAGGCAGCGUGUCCUGGCUGAGAGGCACAGAAGGCCUGUGGGGAUGGAGGUGGGGCCGUGUGUGGAUAAAAAAGCAUAUUUUAAAAGUAUAUAAAUUUAAGCGUGUGUCUGCAUGUGUGUGUGUGUGUCUGUGUGUGUUUACGGUUUUUCCCAUCAGUCGCCAGCUUUGCUCCCUUUUCUUGACCUUCUGUAGCCUUCAUUGGAUCUAAAACCAGUUUUGCAUAUUCUCAUUUGAAAGAGUACUUCGUUACCAGCCAUUUCUAAAUGUUUUGUGCCCCUAACACUAUGGUUUCCUUUAAAAUACCACAAAGUCCUAGGGGAAAAGAAAAAGGAAAUCAAAACUAUUUGGGAACAUUUUCGUUUGGAGCACACCAAUGUAGUCCCAGGGUCUAGCUUUAAACCCAAGAUUCCGUAGGAAAUCAGGAAUCUAUCGGAGACAUUUAUCUACUGCAUUUGUUAUAUAACUGGUGAACCAAUUCAUUGACCUGUAUCAUUCCCCACCUCACCCCUUGAAGCAGCUGGUAUGCCUUCUGAAUUCUUGGAAAUAACUUUCCAUAUGGUUAGCAGUCUUCUAUUUGGGUAUAAGGUGCUCACCACAGUCAUGCUGUGAGUUCUGGAGAAUGACCACACUUGGUUGCUUAAAAUUGAAAAUAACCUAAUUGUAACUGAAGAACAUUUCUACAAAAUAAGGGAACAGUAUGUUCCAAAAGUGUCAGUGUCAUGAAGUUGUCCUUCAUGACUGGGAACUGUCAGGGAGGAAGGAGAUUUAGGAGUAAGAAAACACGUCCUGUGAUCUUGAAUUAGAUCUUAGCUCGAGAAAGGGACAUUAGUAGGUCAGUUGGCAAAGUUGAAUAAAAUAUGUAGAAUGGCUGGUCAUAUUAUAUAAAUCUUAAUUUCCUAAUUUUGAAAUUGAACUGUGGUUGUGUCAGAUGUUGUGGAAGCAGAAUAUAAGGCAUAUAAGAAAUUAAUUUUUGAAAACUGUAUUUUGUUAUUUUAAAAUGAAAACAGAAAAUAAAUUUGGUCUGAUAAAAAUAACAUAAAAUGAUUGGAUUCAAUGACCUUGAAAUCUUCUCUGAGCCUAAACUUCUUCAAGCGUGUUACUAAAAUAUGUGCCAAGCCAGUUCUCCUGCUGCUGGCUAGUAUAAGGUUCAAAUGGAGAUUUUAGGAAGGAAAAGAAAAUUUGAAAAUUGCAAAUUGCAAAUUAUUUUUAAGCUUCAACAUUUUCCAGUAGAAAGUUUGAUUUUACAAGGGUGAAAUGUCUUCAGAGUCUUCUGCCAUCUUUACAAAACUAAUAACACUCUUGUAUGUACACAGUCAACAACUGAUAAAUGUCAAGACGAUAACA